AUGUUGUCCAGUGUUGUGCUCGCAGUCGGCGUCGACGUUUCCCGCUCGGAUACGCCUGUGGCCUGUUGCCUGCCGGAGAAUGGCAAGCGCUCUGGAGUUUGGCUGAUCGAUCGCCUGUCAGGCGGUGACGAUCAGCUGGAGGAGAGCAUGCUAACCAUGGAUCUACUGUGCAUGGAGAAACCCGACGCCGCCGAUGGACAGUACCUCCAAGUCAUGGACCGACUGUCGUUCAAGGAUCCGGCGAUAUUUCAAUCAAACGAAUCCAAAGUUCUCGAUCGCUUGUUGGAGCUAGAAAAGCAUCAACAACGGGGUGCCGUGGAUCCCGAGCUGUUCGGUAAAGUCCAACACGAGAUCCAGCCGAACAUGCGCCGUAUCGUCUCCAACUGGAUGCUCGAGGUAUCCGACACCGAGCUCUGCCGUCCCGAGGUCUUCCCUCACGCCACGUCUCUUAUGGAUCGCUUCCUCAGUAAGAUUAGCGUCCACAAGAACCACUUGCAGCUGUUGGGUACCGUUUGUCUGUUGCUGGCAUCCAAGAUGCGCCUAACGCGUCCGCUGACGGUCGAGAAGUUGAGAAUGUACACCGAUUACAGCGUCAGUCGGAAGGAGAUUCUGGAAUGGGAAAUGCUGGUUCUAUCGAAGCUAGAUUGGCAGACAUCGCUCGUCACGGCGAACGACAUGCUCGACCACCUCAUUCACCAACUCCCAUUGGACAGCCAACACCAACGGCAGAAGGAGACUUUACGGAAACAGGCCCAGACAGUCAUCGCGCUAGCAGCCACCGAGUUCGACUUCAGCCAGUUUUCGCCGUCGGUGACCGCAGCAGCGUCGAUGAUCGUUGCGUCGGCUUACGUCCUGCGGAUUUCUAGACGACAGAAGUCAGAUCUGAUGCGAUGGGUCCACCAGGCCGUCAGAGCAGAUGAGGUCGAACUGAAAACCUGCACCGAGAGCAUCGAUGAGUUCAUCACGAAAAACUUCGCUCCGCAAGUUCCCCAAGAACCCUGCGGACCCACCGGAAGCCAAGAGUCGCAGCACCAUAAAGUCAAAGAGGAUAUCCCAGUGGGAAGUCAAGGUCAGCCCGAAACGCCAACAGACGUGCAGGACGUGCUCGGUAACUUUUGA